GCACAGACAACACUUGUUCGUUAGAAUCUGAUAAAGAAAACUUCCAUGUAAUAAUGGACAUUGUUUUAGUUGAUACGGUUGAUUGAAGAACACACAAAAUGAUAGAACAUUACAAUAUGGACGUAUUUUUUUCUUUAUUUGCUGUGCUAUUGCAUUAUUAUCCCUUUAUAUUUUUUUAAAUUUUUGACUUGCGUAGUUGGUGGCGAAUGACGCCAUUCAUGUGUAAGCAAUAUAGUGAAGAUUGUUAUGUCGUGCCUGCUGAUACUGUAAAUGAAUACUGUUAAAAGUGAGACCAAGAACAAAAUAAAAUAUCAACAACAAGUGUAACUGCCACCAUCUUACCCUGUACACCACAUCCGGAGAGAAGUAAACAUUUUGAUGGGACAGGGUCGAUAUCGGCCCGGAGUUCGGGAAAUUCGGCAAGCUGGAACUCAUGGAAUUGGAGAAUAUAGUUGCGAACACCGUUUACUUAAAAGCAAGAGAAGGGGGUGCAGAUAGUAACAAAGGAAAAAGUAAGAAAUGGAGAAAAAUUCUUCAGUUUCCUCACAUAUCACAGUGCAUUGAUUUGAAAAACAAAAUAGAUGCACGCUAUUCUUACGUUGUAGAUCAUCAACCAAUUGGUCGAUUACUAUUUCGGCAGUUCUGUGAAAAUGAGAAGCAACAAUACCACCAUUACAAUGCUUUUCUUGAUGCUGUUGAAAGAUACGAGUUGGAAUCUGAUGAAAAGCGUAUGGAGGUUGCGCAGACUAUCUAUGGCAGAUAUUUAAAUCAAGAGUCAAGUGAAGCUGUAGAUAUUCUGAACAGUGAACUCACUGAGCAUUGCAAGGAGAAGCUGGCAGCUGGUAAUAAGGACCUGUUUUUAGAAUGUACAAAUGCUGUAAAAACCUUUCUUGCUGGAGACCCAUUUCGCCAGUUUGAAUGUUCCAUGUACUUCCAUCGUUACUUGCAGUGGAAGUGGCUGGAAAGCCAGCCAAUCACGUAUAAAACAUUCAGAAUGUACAGAGUUUUAGGAAAAGGUGGUUUUGGUGAAGUGUGUGCUUGCCAGGUGAGAGCAACAGGAAAAAUGUAUGCCUGUAAGAAAUUAGAGAAAAAACGAAUUAAAAAAAGAAAAGGAGAAGCCAUGGUUUUAACUGAAAAACAGAUACUCCAGAAAAUCAAUUCAAAGUUUGUGGUGAGUCUUGCUUAUGCUUAUGAGACUAAGGAUGCUCUGUGCCUUGUUCUGACAAUCAUGAAUGGUGGUGAUCUUAAAUUCCAUAUUUAUAAUAUGGGUGGUGAGCCUGGUUUUGAUAUUCAUAGGGCUAGAUUUUAUGCAGCAGAGGUGUUGUGUGGGUUGGAACACUUGCACGCACAAGGAAUUGUGUACAGAGAUUGCAAACCUGAGAACAUUUUGCUGGAUGACCAUGGACACGUGCGUAUAUCAGAUCUGGGUUUGGCAGUUGAAAUUCCAGAGGGAGAGAUGGUCCGCGGCAGAGUGGGAACUGUUGGUUAUAUGGCUCCUGAGGUUAUUGAUAAUGAAAGGUACACAUUCAGCCCUGACUGGUUUAGUUUUGGUUGUCUGAUAUAUGAAAUGAUUGAAGGUCAAGCUCCUUUCCGAGCAAGGAAAGAAAAGGUUAAGCGAGAGGAAGUGGACCGUAGAGUCAAAGAAGAUCAGGAAAAAUACUCCCAUAAAUUUAGCGAAGAGGCAAAGUCACUUUGUCAGCGGCUUUUGAAGAAGUCACCAAAAGCACGUUUAGGAUGUCACAAUGGGAGGAUGGGAGCAUUGGAAGUUAAACAGCAUGAGUUCUUCAGGUGUUUGAAUUGGAAGCGACUUGAAGCAGGAGUAUAUGAGCCUCCAUUUGUUCCAGAUCCACACGCCGUAUACGCCAAGGAUGUCCUGGAUAUUGAGCAGUUCUCAACCGUGAAAGGCGUCAAUUUAGAUGCCUCGGAUGACACGUUUUAUAGCAAGUUCAACACUGGUUCUGUAUCAAUACCAUGGCAGAAUGAGAUGAUUGAGACAGAAUGCUUCAAGGAACUAAAUGUAUUUGGUCCAAACAACACUCCAACUCCAGACCUUAUCAUUGAUGCUUUACCAGAACCUGAUAAAAAAGGGUGCUUUCCUUUUAGGAGAAAGAAGAAGCAGUCUGCUCGCACGCGGCCAGUGACUGUGGUAGAUCAGACAGCUGCUGUGCCAACAGAAGAAGUCAGAAGCUGAUGACUGUUGAGCAAUAGUUGUGCAUCAGCAGGGCAGCUGUAGAUUUCUUACCUAUGUUCAGACUGAAGAAUAUGUCUGCAGUACCUGUUAAUAGUGGCAUAUGAGAUGUGUUAUCUCUUGGCCGGUUUACAGUUCAUGUAGCUUUUAUACAUGUUAAGAACACCAGCAUUACUCUAUUAUUGAUUGCUCAUGAGCAGUGAUGUUAGGGCUUGAGAUUUGACUCUGUUACUGUUCUUAUGGUGUGACAUUUCACCAAGAUUUUAUAGACGAGUUUUGAUUAUAAUGUUAUUUCUGUGUGCCAUAACAUACAAGUUUGAGAGUUAGAUUGCAAAUGUAAAAUUAGCCAUACUUUUUAUGAAUAUGUAAAAUGAGAUUCAGUAAUGCAGAGGUAUUUCUUACAAUGCUUUAAAACAACUUGUGCCAACUUUGGUGACAUUCACAUUUCUCUGCACCCUGUCAUAUUACUGCUGUGACUCACUGAGGUCUGUUUCAUCACUUUUGAGUUACUUUUUAGAUUUCAGGUUUAGACAAAAUGAGCUCUGCUAAAUGCAGAGUUGUGAAAGCUUAUAUUUUUUGUUCCAGGUGAAACAUUAUUUUGCUGUUAGAAUGAACUAUUCACCCUUUAGACAACAUGAAACAAAACUUGUUGAAUUUGUUGCAGUUAUUUGUAUAUUUUGUUAACAGAUUUCAAUGAGACACAGUUUUGCUGUAAGUGUUGAAUUAAAUGCUGUUAAGGGAAGAAAAUCAUAAGUGCAAAUGGACAACUUUGAAUGAUAGCCUUAAGACUAGUGGAUUACAGUCAUAAACAUUAGGAUUCAUUUUCCUCAUUGGAUGAGAAACACCAGAGAGACAUCCAUUUUUUAUCUACCUUUUAAAAGAGCAUUUAUACUUUUUGUUGUAUUAUCAGAAUCCAAGUAAAAUGUUAAUACUUUGGAGGUCAUUGUAUAGUGAUGCAUAGAAAUGAUAUUAAAGCAUAUUGUGAGGGAGUGACUGAAUUAGUUUGUAUGUUUGAAAAGUAAAGUUUGUGUAGUGUGUACAAAUAAGACAGAGAGAAUCUGUACUGAUGUAAAUGUGUUCCUUAGAGUCUGUGUCUCGAAUGAAAUUGUUUGAUUGUUUCAUUUCAUAGAGAAAGGCUGCUCGUAUGAAAUGUGAGCCGUGUAGGCGCAUUUUGUAAUGUAGCCAUCUAUACAGUACAUAUUGCAGAUAAUCAAUAUUUGGUUAAAUGUCAAUUGAAUUAGGUGAAAUGCACAACAAAACUUUAUAUAGUGCCAAUGUCAUUCAUUACAGUAGGUAUUUAUAAAUUUAAUAUAAUACUGAUUCCUCCCUUUGAAAACUUUUUUUAGUUGAGUUUUGUCUAUUCUUAUUCAUUUUGUUCAGUAGCAUUUAUUUGCUGUAUGCAGGAUACUUUACAAGCACCAUAGAAACUUAAUGUUUCAUAUGUUUCAAUUCUCUUUAAAUGUAAUGUAGAUUACAUUAUUUCAUCACAGUUUGCUUUACUGUUUUGAGGGUCUUCCCCAUUUUUUACAUAAUUUCUUCCAGUUUUGUCUCAGCAUAGUUUUUAGUUUACAUGGGUUAAAAAGCACGUAGCUGUGUUGUCACAUGGUCUUAAAUAACUAAGCCAACAGGCACUUGGAAAACAUUAAUGUAAUGGGGAACUCUGUGGGCUACAAAGCAUAUUACUUAAGAUUUGUAUAAUCUAUAAUUUAAGGUUCAACGUUUGGCUGACAUUAUUUAAAAACACUUCCUGUUUUUGAGAGGAGCUGUAUUGUCAUUUUGUGUGUUGCUGUUUUCUGAUUUGCUUGCUUUUUUAUAUGUUAGUGUCUUUAGUGAAUAACAUGAGCAUGUGCAAGUAAUUUUAAGCAACGAGAACUUGAAGAGACAUAGUAAAUGUAAAAGGCUGAAGCCAUGAGCAGACUUAAUGGCCAGAAGCUCAGUAUAGUGAAAACCAGAACUUGAUGUAGUGUAAUUUCUCAUUUGUCUCUCUUGUUUUUAUGAUGCAUCAUGUAUAAAUUAUGUAGUCCAGCCAUAAGUAAGAUUAUUAUUGCACACACUAAAAAGAUUGAAUCUGAGCCCUUUCAUUUCUAAAUAAGAUUGAACUGUACAGUUAUUACAUCAGUUGUGCUAAAUUUUUCUGCAAAGCAACAUUUACCCAAAACAGUAAACAAAAUAAGAGGGAUUGCUGUAUCCUCAUUCCUAUGUGUUACUCAGGAAAGCUUUCUGCUGAUGCCAGUCUUAGUAGUUUAUGUUCCUCAUAUAUGUUGCUAGUUAUCACAGUUUAGUGGCAGAUACGUGUAAUAUUAACUGAUGUUGUUUAUAGGUAUUUAUUGAAAACAGUAUCAUGCAUAUUAUUUAGCUUGUCUAACUUUUUCCUUGUGUUUAUAUUUACAUCAUAUCAUUUUGUCUGUUAUCUGUGAAAACUUAUAAUGGUUUGCAAUUAUUUUAUUACGACGAAUUUGAUGCUGUAGAUACUACACAAAUAUAUGUUUUUAAUUUGUACAGAUUGCACAUUUCAUCGCUGUUAUGGGCCACCAAAUACGAGACAUAAAUCUUCGUUUCAUUUUGUUUCACAUGUGUUAAUCAUAUCCUAGUCAUGCAUUGUUCCCUUAUUUUGUAUUUGUUCAGCUGUUUGCACAUGAAUGCCAUUAUCACUUAAGUAAUGUAAUUUCAAUUUUUCUUUUGUGACCUAUGUCUAAUAUAGUUUUCUUAUUUCUGAGUGUAUGCUGCCAUAUUGUACUUUGCGUAGUUUCUUUAUACGAGAGAUGUCUCUUAAACUUGUAAACUCAUCAAGAACUAUUUAUUCAUUUACUUUGAUUCACAUUUUCCACCCCUUUUGUUCAUUGGAUUGACUGUUACAUUUUGAUGCAGUCUUCUCAUUAAAGACGAUAACUUGCUGUAACACCCUGAAAAUACUCUUUACAGAAACGGUUCCAGGUUUUCCCCCAGUAUGUCUUGUACUUCUUAGAACAUUGGCAACCACUUAUCUCAACUUUUUUGGAGAAUAGCAGUUUAAGUGUUUGAAAAUUGAUUUCAUUCUUUAAUUUAUGCUGUAUGUAAAAUUAUCCCAGCCUGUGGAAGAUAGACGUGAAAUAUUAUGUCCUGUAUUCUAAAUGUGUUUGAAACUAUGUUUCGGUUCACUCAGAUCUUCCAUAGUACUGCUGAUAAAAUUUAAUUUGGAUAUUCUGACUUUUACUUUCCUCCUCAGUUGUACGUGUAAAUUUUCAUUGCAAUCGUACAUUUUGUGACAGGUUAUUUGUGUCAGUCACAAAAUAUUUUUUCAGCAAAUCAAGGUAACUUAAUUGAAAACUUGUGCUCCUGAUGCCCUUUUUCACUGUAUGACGAUUGGCAGAAGAAUCUCUUUUUCUAUUUUUGUAGGAAAUUCUCUGGUUGUAAGUAAGUAUUAUUCAGUAUCUGCUACACAAUGUCUUUCUUUCACCUUUUAGUCUGUACUGCACCAUAACUCGUUCACUAUCUUAUAAAGAAUUGAAUUCUUUUUAAAAUUCAUAACAGUCACAUAAUUCCUCAUUCUGUGCUCCUUUUUGUCAUUGCUACACUUAGCUUGUUGCAUAGAAGAUUUACCCAUUAAUGUUGUAAUGAAUUAUCCUUCUCUCUUUUUUUCCUUUCUUUUUCCCCCCUCCAAAUGCAGUAGGUUUGUGAUUUGAAUGGUUAUAAGAUCUUUACAGCAUUGUAAUUGCUUCUCAUGUGUAGUGGACUGAUAUGUAGCACAGAACAGAAAACUAGCUUUCGAGCUCUUGUUUCAUUUCUAGCAAACCUCCACACAUUCACACACACAGGCACGCAUUUGGGUGUCUGUGUGGUUGUAUAUGUCAGUGGGUGUACUUUUUCUAGAAAAAGAGCAAAAGCAUGAAAGCUAGUGUUAAUACUGUUUUCUGUUACAUAUAUCGCACAUAUGUGCGCAAUCAAUGAGUGGUUGCCUUUCCGUAUUUUACGCACUGAUCCAUCUAAAAAUUUCCGUUAUUGUUAUGUAAGGUUAUGGAAUUGGUUUCAUAUGAAAAUAGGAAUUACAAGAAUAGCCAAUUAAUUACUAUAGUUUCAUAUUCAGAUAUUUGCUAGGGAACUUCAUACCCAAGUUGCAAUUCUCAGAUUGUUACAUGCAUUUUAAAAAACAUUGUUCCUUACAGUGUUUGAGUAACAUGAGGUUACUCAAUCUCUCUCUCUCUCUCUCUCUCUCUCUCUCUCUCUCUCUCUCUCUCGUGCGCGUGUGUGUGUAUGUGUGUGUGUGUGUGUGUGUGUGUGUGUGUGUGUGUGUGUGUGUGUGUGUGUUGUCCAUAGAAAUAAGUGUAAAAGAGAUAUUGCCUCGAGUGAAAUUGUUUUAACAUUAUGGUAUCUAGUCUUGCUGGGAUGAAAUGUUUCACAAAUUGAUAAUGGAUGAGUGAUUUGCUGGUUAAAUGUGUUAAUACUGAUCAAAGGAUCUUGUCACAUCUAUUGGGUUUUUUCAAAACACGAAGGAAUGCAGUUUUGUGCAUCACCCAUUUCAUAAUUAUAUUAAGAUGUCAGCCUCUCAGGUACAUAAAUGCAAUGGAAUAUGUGCAAACGCUUAAGACUAUAAAGUUUUGUAGCUUCUACAUGGUUCUAUUAUCAGUAUUAUUCCUGAGGAGCUAUCCUGGAACUAUAUCGUGCUCCCAUGACGUCCACUUCGGAGUCCUUUUUAAUAGUACACAACAUUCCUUCCUUGCAUGAGAUUUAUAGAAGGAUCAACUCUUAAACUAGUAGUUAGCCAUCAUGCAAAACAUUAGUGCAUGAUUAAGUUUUGAGAUGUAGAUAAUUGAAUUUUAAAUUCAGUGUGGCCUGUUGCCAUACCACAGUUAUGAACUUUCUCUAAUUUUACUAUAUAUUACAUUUUUCAUUUCUAUUUAAUCUACAAAAUUAUAAACUGCUAUGUAGGCAAUGUCAAUUUAAUAAUAACUGAUUAACUGUAUUGCAAAAGUUGUAUUUAUACAUAUGAAUGACUGAAGAAUCAGUGCAAAAUAUCCUAACUUCAUUGGGUGCCAUCACUUUUUGCUCCCUAUUCUUCCAGUUAGUACAAAUGAUUCUACAUUUCUUUGUACUAAUGAAAUAGAAUUUCACUGUGUGAAUACUAUUUGGCUAAUCCAAUUCCUUGUAUUUCGAAAGUAGAAAGUAUUUAUAUCCACUGUAUGACAUGGUGUAACGAACUGGUAGAUAUUUGUUGCGGUUUACUCAUGUUAACUUAAGUGAUAGUGUAAUAUGCUGUGACACUGUAUUUAGGUGGGAAAGGUACUGGUCACAAGAUCUUGAAGUACAUAUAUUUCAAAUACAGUAAUGUGCCAAAGAUUGAUUGUAUUGUUCCAGUGGUUAGUUUAGCACACUUUUCAAGAGCUUGAAAACUCAGGAUCAUUUCAUUUAAGUUUUUUUAUUAGUUUCUUACAGGUAUGUAUCUUAUUUUGGGAAAAUUAGGUUUUCAGAACAUCUUAUGUGCAAAGUAGCACAUUUAUUAUGUUUAAAUGUACUGUAGGUCGAGGGUUAUGACUUCAGGAUGGGCAGGGACCUUGAUGUACAUGUGUGCAUGUAAAAGUGCAGGCAUUCGUGUACUUGUAUGAAAGUGCAUGUUUGAUUAUGUGUCUGCUAAUACAUUCAUACACGUCCAUCAGAAAUUGAGACAUAAAGCUGUUGUAGAUGCUGACUUCCUUAAACCAGUGUAAGAUUUUGUUUGUUUCCAUUCAUCUUUCAAGUAUCUGCUCAUAGGUAAAAAGUUAUAUAACCCCAAUGUGCCAUGAAUUGUAAUAUAAUGGUAUGUCCUUGCCAUACACUGUGAAAAUAAAAAAAUCUGUCUAGCCAUAUUUUUGAUGGUGCAUUGUUGGAUUUAUAGUAAAUUUUCUGUUACUUAUCUGCGUUAUUUUUGCCUUCGGUUUUGCCAGUUGAUUCCCAAGAAAAGUAUUUAAACAUGAAUAAAAUUAGCCUCAGUUUUCCAGUGGAAACCUUUGUUUCUGCUCUUCUUAAAGUGCUUGUCUUCUAAAACUUUAGCCACUUUGUGCUGUAGAGUAGCCAACAUUAGCAGAAAAAUGCAUAUUAUAGUUAUGAAUGAUGGUGAUUAUUUUGUCGCUGGUUGUUUUAUAUGUAGUUGCUUUAACAAUUUCAGCCGAUGACAGACAGUUUUUCCUUAAAUUCAAGUAAUGGACGUUUUAAGGGUGCAGAGUUGUUAAUUCAAAAUCUGUUGCUGUGUAUAGUUGAGCCAACUCACUCACUAAAAUCAUUAGAUUCCAUAAGCUGAAUAAUAUUUAUGGGUUAAGAAGACUAAAAUUAGCUGUCUUCAAGUCUCUAUUGUUAAUUUUGUAUUUGUAAGAAAUUCUUUUGUUUUUCACAGCUCCUGAAAUGUUGUCCACCUGUUUAACUUUCUUAUUUAUAGAAUAUCUUACAUUUAACACUAAGAUUGAAGCAAUAUUUGCAUCUACAUGGCUUAAAAUAGGAUGUUAAAUGUGCCUCAUGCCAGUAAGUUAAUUUCUCCAUAUUAUUCUGUGGAUUUUGCAUGUUGAGAUUGUAUUGAAAACAUUUAGAUAGUAACAUAGCUGACAUUCAAAGUACAUCAUGCCUCAUGAUGUUAUAUAAGCUUUGUAUAAUAAGAUCCAGAAACUGAAGAAGGGCCUUGUUUAUUGGUGUGAGUGAUGUAAGUUACACCUUGAUUUUUCUCAUACCUUAAGUGCUUGAAAGUCUCUUUAAUCCAGAACUAAAGGCAGACAAACUAUUUUCUUUUUUGUUAUACUGGUGAUCUGCUGGAACUCAGUUUCAUCAAGGAUCUAGAAGAAAUCAGCCAAGAAUCAGUUGAUGGAACUGUCAAGAAUCAGUUGAAGUAAUCAUUUUGGCAUUCAGUUGGAUUUACAGGAACAAAAAAAUCUAUUGAAAGACCUAGAGUGUUUUCUUAAAGGAAACGAAAAAUGCAGUCAGAAUAUAAGUUAAUUGAGAUUUAAUUUCAUAAUCCACAUGUAAAUACUACAUUUACAAAGAUCUACAUGUCAUUUACACACAUAAAUUAUGUGCUUGAACACUUUUUUUGGUAAAAUUUUGAUUAGAGCCUCAUUUGGAUGCAGAAACAUAUGAGACUUGUUGUCACAGUACAGGUGUCUAACUAUACUUGUUUGCAGUAAUACUUUAUUUAUUGGGGGGCUUACACUCGGUGCAAGUACUUUUGAUUGGGCAGGUCUUGUGUUAUAUAUAGUAAACUGUGACUGUCUCAUAGAGGUGACUGUGUUGAGUAUGUGACUUGCACUGUGUCAUGUUUGCAUUAUUGUUGUUGGUGAUGAGAGAAGACUACUACUCUCAAAUAUCAUCAAGGGAAGCUUAAGAUCUCCAUCCAGUGAACAGUACACCAUCAACAAUUCGUUUGGCCACAUUUACAGCACAAAGGAAAUUAAGUAAAUGAGCAAUUAACCUUUGACUUUUAUAUUUGCGCAUGAAGUUCUUGAACUCGGUAGCAGUCCAUAGAACCAGAAUAAGAGGAGGUUUAUAAUUUUAACUAAGUCAAGUUACAACUUGAUUUUUCUCACACUUAAAGUACUUGAUAGUUUCUUAAAUGAGCCUAAAAAAUUCUAGGACUGAAAGAACUUGUAGUAUCCAAAUUCCUGACAAGCCUCCGCUAUAAUUUUAAAUCAUCAUUGUUCAAAAUGAAUCGUAACAUUUCCCAUUGUCUUCUGAGUGAGGAGAAGAAGAAGAAAGGUGAUAUUGACUUUCACUAAUUGUGGCACAUUAUAUAAUUCAAUCUACAUUUUAGACUAUUUUGUGUAAUGACACACUAAUGGCAAGAGGCACAUUUAGUGUAUGUCCUCUCCAAAAUUUUGUGACUUUUCUUUCUGUUAUUUAAAAGAAAUAUUAGAAGUGUAAAGAUACCACUCCACCACUGAAGUUACUUCUGCAAUAUGUCAACUCAUUAUAAAACUGUUUACAGUAUUUUAUUAUAAAAUAUGAAUUACUGUCAUAUGUGGAUAGUUCAGUUUGAAGUCUGUUAGUUUGUAUGAAUUGUGAACAUUUUGCGAUGAUAGGUAGAAGGCAUAUGUAUUUCCAAUAAGAUGCUCAUUGCUUUUAUAUUGUUUGGUACUUCAAGACCUUACAAUCUGUUGUGCAACAGGCUUGACGGUACUAGAAAUAGAGGUACCAGAUAAAUCCUGUUGGCAUUAUUAUUAUUAUUAUUAUUAUUAUUAUUAUUAUUAUUAUCAUCAUCAUCAUCAUUGUAUUGGGGGGGGGGGGGAGAAGUUAACUGUUAAAGGAAAUGAGGUAAAAGGAAAAAUAUUGUUUUGUGUAUGAAAUUAUUAUAUUUGUUGCAUUGUAUAAACUUGAUUUUAUUGUAUUUUAGAGAUACAUUUAUAAACAUGUCUCUAUCACCUUUUAUUUAAGAUUACUAUCUUUUUACUAGUACAAAAUAUUUUUCAUUGCUCAAUUCUAAUAAAUUUUGUAUAUACUGCUGGUCAGUACUCACUGAUAUAUUGUGUAUAUUAAUGUGAAAUUUGAAUAUAAAAGUAUUUAUUUGGUACACAAAGUACUACUUGUUUCCAAGUCUUUGUUCUUGCCAUUUUUACUGUAAUCAUAUCCUCACUUUAACUUAUUAUACUUUUCCUUGUAUAAAAUAGGUAUGUUUUCUGUUUCAUGUUUCCUCUUUAUGAGUGUCGCAGUUUUGUUCAUAUUUUGUCUGGGCUCUUUAAUUCGUUUGCUCUUGUGUUCUUUAUACAGGACUCUUUGAAAUAGAUCCCUGUCCUAUUAUUUGUUUAUCAAAACAGUAGUACUUUUAUUAUCCAGCUUCUUCAGUUCAUGUUUGCUGUAUUCUUCGUGUGGGUCUCUGAAAUAGAGCAUUGUUCCAUCCCUUGUCUUACCAAAAGCAGUAGUCAUUUUGACUUUGGUGAAGCGGAAGUCCUAUAGCUUUUAUAUUCUCGCCUUUGCCCUUGUUAUGAUAUAAUGAUGAUGGAUUAUAGUACAUUAUUUUAUAGGAUUUCUUCAUGUGCUCAACUACCCCAGCUAGCAAGUCUUUACCUUGGUACUGACAGACCCUGAUUGUGUAAUGUUUUGUGAGAAUGUAUGACAUGGUUUUUUUGAUAUGAGUGUGCUUAACUUGGCUUCAUUUGGUGGAAAUAUACAGAGCAAAACAGAAGGAGAAAAUAUAAACAAGUAUUAAGAAGACAAACUAACUAAGGUUUUACUGAAUACUCAACAGUGGACAUCAUACAUUAUUUUCAUUUACAUUAAGUCUGCAAUUUGUUUGUAGGAUAGUUAUAGAGGUACAAUGUCACUUAUAUUUGAAAAUAAAUUUUUCAGUUUUGUAUAAAAUCCACAUCAUUUUUUGUCUUAAAUGUUUACAUUAUUGUAGGAUUUUGUACUUCAUUAUGCACAUUUGAAAACAUUUUCUUCUUUCAUCUCUAUGAAUCAUGAGUUUGCUUAAAUUGAUAAAUGUAAUGUUUUGAUCAUAAACACUCAAGAAGGUAAACUGUAAAGUGUAGUCAGUAGAUAAACCACACUACUGGGGAUGAAUAUUUAAUCCUUAUAGUUUGUUAGGAAAAUGUUCAUUUUAAUUUCAUCUAUAGCUGUGGCAUUCAAUAUCAUGCAUGGUACUGGAGGAGGCUACUAAAAUGUAUUUAAAAUUUACACAAUGAAAGGAAAUUUAUGAAGACAAUGAGUAGUCCAACAUCUUUGCCAUAUUCAUUCAAAAGUUAACUACUGCUUGUAAAUGUGUUCCUAAAUAUAUUAUUAGCUAAACGCACAAAUGACUACACUCAGCUUGGAGUGAUCAACAAUUUGAAAAUUUUUGUGUGAAUAAACUUGAAUUAGGGAAGUGCAUCAGGUUACAUACAAUGCACUUUUAUACAUAGGAAAGGUGCUCAAUAUGAAAUUUGGUGAUUUAAUAUGAAAACUUAUCAGUUAUCAAGAAGCAAAUUACAGUGGUGUCACUACUAUCUGUGAAGAAAUUAUUUUGUUGGUUUCAUGCAUCAAAAAUAUAACAAUAUAUUUCAUAUUUGCAGAGAUAGAGUUCCACAAUUUGAAGACAACUGUGAUUUGUGUACGUAGUUUCCCUAUGUCAUUCUUCAAGGCAUGUGUCCACUUGUAUUUUGAUAGAGCUGUAGAAAUUGCAUUGACUGCCAGGCGCAUUUUGCUAUGUGUCAGGGAAGACAAUAUCAGAAGCUUGUUGUAACUGGGUAUAUAAGACAGUGCAACUCACCUGAUAACAGCAGAUCCAUUCAUUUAGCAGUUCUGACAAUGGCAAUGAGAAGUGGUUUGGAAGUACUGCAGAAACUAAAUAGAACUCAUUUAAAUAUAUAUCAAAAUUUUAUUGAACACAUGGUCGAAACCUCAUAUCAUCUUAUGGCAUGUGGCACUAAUAAUAUUUCUUUAAUGGCAAAAUGCAGUCCUAUUGGUCCCUGUGCUAAUGCAGUGCUUGAUUAAAUACCCAUUUUUUGCAAUAAAUUAGAAUCAUUAAACAGGAUUUCUCUGCUAGGGUUCAAUGAGUUUUCCAUAGCUGUAACAAAAUGCAGAGCUAAUAGAAAUUUUGUGUGUGUGUGUGUGUGUGUGUGUGUGUGUGUGUGUGUGUGUGUUCACUCCAUGUGUUUUGUGUGUGCGCUCCAUUCUUGUGGAAAAUAGUGUAUUUUAGUAUUUGUUUAUUCUUUUCUGAUUUCCAUGACUUUAACUAUGCAAUACAAAGUGAUUAUUAUUAUUUUAUUAUGUAACAUUAUGGACUUUUUUGCAUAUUUAAGUGCCUUCUCAUUCAGCACAUGUUAUUCGCAAAUUUGUGGAAAACUUUUAGUGUACAUUCCACUCUAGUAUAAGGAGAAAGAGAUGUGAAGAUUGUUAAAAAUUUUGUAUCUAUAGUAAUAUUUAAUUAGCUGUAUUAUUGCUGCUUAUCUGGUAUAAAAAUAUUGCAUCUGUUUUCUAAUUUUAUUGAGAUAGUUUGUAAAUUUCCCUCCCUUGUAUAUUAGAAGUACCUGUAUGCUUGAGCGUGAUGUGUACGUUUAUCAGAUAUCCUAUAUUUUUAGCAUGGAGUUCUGUUUUGUGAUUAAGUUGUUAAAAAAGACUAUUGCGAUAACCUUAUUUCUGUAAGCUGCAGCAACAUAGGAAACUGUAAAUAAGCUUAGUUCCUUCAACUGUAAAAAUACAGUAGUACUGUAUUGACCUAUUUUUAGUAACUAGAUUCAGUGUUCCACAUUGCUGCAACUCUCACAUAUUGUAUCAUAUAUUAAUGGGAACUAAUCCAUAACACUGGUAAUAAACGUUCAUGCAUUCAGGA